AUGCGUUGUGGGCCUCCGAUUGGGCCUCCGCUCGCCGACCGUGCUCGUCUCGCCCGGCAAGGCAUUGUCUCUCCUCUCCAGAACCUUCCGAGGGCACAGUGCUCGUCGCGUGGUCUAGAACCUUCUCCCGAUUUCACCGUCCAUUUUCCCCAUUUCACAGCGGCGAAUAUCUCCCAUCUCCUCCCCUUUCCACCUCGCUUCUUCGCUGUCGCUGCAACACCUCCCGCCCACCCCGAGAAGAAAUAUCCUAGAGCGCCGACCCGAACACCUGAUUCGCUCCUCGUCCGGCCGAUUCGUGCUCCUAAAUCGCUCGAAUCGAGUUCUUGCUUCGGGUUGCGUCCCACAACCGGGGCGCUUGGCUCCCGCGAACCGGGUUCUUGGGCCUGGGCGGCGGCCAUGGACCCGUCGGUGGCGCCGGGCAUUGUCAAGGAGGAGCUCCUGGAGCAGCAGCAGCCGAUGCAGGACGGUGUGGGUGGCGGCGGGGGUGCGCCGCGCCCGAUGGAGGGGCUGCACGAGGUGGGCCCCCCGCCGUUCCUCACCAAGACGUUCGACCUGGUAGAGGACCCGGCCACCGACGCCGUCGUCUCCUGGAGCCGCGCCGGCAACAGCUUCGUCGUCUGGGACCCGCACGUCUUCGCCGACGCGAUGCUCCCACGCCUCUUCAAGCACAACAACUUCUCCAGCUUCGUGCGCCAGCUCAACACCUAUGGCUUCAGAAAGGUUGAUCCUGACAGGUGGGAGUUUGCAAAUGAAGAUUUCCUCAGGGGUCAAAGGCACCUGCUGAAGAUGAUAAAGAGAAGGAAGCCACCAUCAGCUGCACCACCAUCGCGACAGCAGCAGGCCCCUGCUUCUUGCCUGGAGGUUGGUGAGUUUGGAUUUGAGGAAGAUAUUGAUAGGCUGAAGCGCGACAAGAACAUUUUGAUCACAGAAGUAGUAAAGCUAAGGCAGGAGCAGCAAACUACUAAAGAUCAUGUGAGGGCCAUGGAGGAAAGGCUACGAGUGGCUGAACAGAAGCAGGUACAGAUGAUGGGGUUCUUGGCAAGAGCAAUGCGGAAUCCAGAGUUCUUCCAGCAGUUGGUCCAGCAGCAAGACAAGAGGAAGGAGCUCGAGGAUGCCAUCUCAAAGAAAAGAAGGCGACCCAUUGACAACGCUCCGUUCUACAGUCCUAGGGAAACAAGUCAGGGCGAGCAGCUUGAUUCACAGUUUAUGUUCGAGUCAGAUGUGCUCAAUGGGCUAAGUGAACCUGGAAUGCCUGAGCUGGAGAAUUUAGCAGUGCACAUUCAGGAGCUUGGAAAGGGAAGCAUAGAUGGCGGGAAGGUGGCUCAAGCUAGUGAUCAGUCAGAGCUGAAUGAUGACUUCUGGGCAGAGCUGUUGGUCGAAGACUUUGGAGACAAGGCAGGACAGUUAGAGUUAGAGGCUAGAACUGAAGACGUGGAUGACCUUGCUCAACAACUGGGGUAUCUGAGUUCUUCUAGCCCAAAGUAG